AUGGCCGCGGGUCGCCCCCCGCCCACGGUGCUGCUGCUGGGGGCGGCGGGCGGCGGCAAGAGCCUCUUGGUGCGGCGGCUGCGCCAGCUGAGCGCCGAGGAGCCGGCGGGGCUGGGCGAGCCCCCGGCCACGCUGCCCACGGUGGGCACCAACCUGACCGACCUGCGGCUGCCGCGGAAGGUGACGGUGCGGGAGCUGGGCGGCUGCAUGGGCCCCAUCUGGCCCAGCUACUACAGCGAGUGCAGCGCUCUUCUGUUCGUGGUCGAUGCCUCCAACGCCACCCAGGUCUCCUCGUCCUGCAUCCAGCUGCUCUCCGUCCUUUCGGCAGCGCCGCUCGCCUCCGUGCCCGUCCUGGUGCUCUUCAACAAGAUUGACCUGCCCUGCUACAUGUCGCUGCUGGAGAUGAAGUCGCUGUUCCGCAUGCAGGACAUCGUGUCCUGUGCCACACAGCCCAUCAUGAUGCUGGAGACCAGCGCCCGCGAUGGGACCGGUUUGGCCGAUGUCCUGCAGUGGCUUCGGGCCACCCUUGGAAACCCCCAUUGACCCCAACCCUGCCAGGUGCCUGCAGCAGCCUAGGACAAUUCUGUCACCAAAGGAGGUGGCCAGAGAGCAGCUGCCUUGCAUGGUGCUGGGAGCAGGGCCUGGAACAGUGUCACAGGCUGGUGACAGACUGUAUCCCUGUGGGACUUCACAGUAAAACUCUGACCAAACUGUC